GCGGCUGCUCUUCAGUCAAAGCGGAGGGAGGACACGGUACACACACACACACACACACACGCACACGCGCGCACUUACACCCACGCACACACGCAGCCAAACCACAACAACGAGGAGCACCACAGUUAGAGCAGCAUGGAGCUGUAAGGACCUGGGACUGGCGGGGACUGGUUUCCCAUCAACCGACUCCACUUCGGUUUCAGUAACUUCUCCGAGCUACGUGCGUUUUUCCCGCAACAUGGAGAGUAAAGGCAGCGGGCUGCUUCUGGUUGCGCACUUAAUCCUCAUCUGCCAACAAGCUGGAGGUUAUACAUACAGAAAUCAACGCAAGUUAGCAGAGGACAUUGACUGGUCGUAUGCAGGAGGAUUAAACCAAAAACACUGGGCCAAGAAGUUUCCUUUAUGCAGCAGUGCAAAGCAGUCUCCCAUCAACAUCAACGAGGACCAGGCUCCAGUCAAGCUGCAGUACCAGAAGCUGAGGUUUGAUGGUUGGGAGAGUAUGACAACUGACAGCACAACCAUCAAGAAUGAUGGCAAGACGGUGGCAGUCAAUGUGGAUGGAGACUUCUACAUCAGUGGAGGAGGUCUCAGGUCAAAGUUCAAAGUUGGGCGCAUAACCUUCCACUGGGGACGCUGCAAUGCCUCCUCAGACGGUUCGGAGCAUAGUCUGGAUGGAGUCAAAUAUCCUUUAGAGAUGCAGAUCUACUGCUAUGAGGCUCUUCAGUUUGAUUCUUUAGAUGAAGCAAUCCAGUCCAGUGGCAGAAUCACAGCACUAGCUGUCUUGUUUGAGACUAGCACUGAAGACAAUAUGAACUACGCUCCCAUCAUCAAUGGUAUCAACAGUGUGAGCAGAUAUGGAAAGAGUGCAAAGGUGUCACCAUUUGCCCUCCAAGGUCUCCUGCCAAACUCCACAGAGAAAUAUUUCGUCUACAAUGGAUCAUUGACCACACCGACCUGUGACGAGACUGUUGAGUGGAUCGUCUUUAAGAACAAGGUGGCCAUAUCUGAUGAGCAGCUGGAGAUGUUCUGUGAGGUGAUGACGAUGCAGCAGGCUGGAUACGUUAUGCUGAUGGACUACCUGCAGAACAACUACAGGGAUCAGCAGGAGCAGUUCAUGGGCCAGGUGUUCUCCUCCUACACAGGCGUCGAGGAGGUGCAAACACCAGUGUGCAGUUCAGAGCCUGAGAGCAUCCAGGCAGUUCCCCAGAACCUGAGCAGCCUGAUGGUGAUAUGGGAGCGGCCAAGAGCGGUUUAUGACACCAACAUUGAGAAGUACUCCAUUACCUACCGACUGGCCAAGGCAGAGGACUCUGUCGUGUCUGAAUACCUGACCGAUGGAUAUCAGGAUACUGGGGCAAUACUCGAUGACUUAUUGCCCAAUUCUACUUACGAGGUACGAGUGGUGGCCAUCUGCACCAAUGGUCGGCGUGGACGUGUGAGUGACUUGCUGACAGUUGUCAUGCCCUUCGAUGACCUUGAAAAUGCUUUGGAUCCAGGUUCAGAUGAAACUGAAUUUGAGGGCAACUAUGAACCUGACUUGUCCUGGAAUGAGGUGGACCAAAUCAGGAACAAGGACUUAAACUGGGCUUCUGCAGACUCAUUAAGGACCACAACAUCUGCACCACCUUGGUUUCACUUGUCUGGCAUUGGAACUUCUACAGAAGAGUCCAGUGAGAGAAGAACCACUACUGAACCUGCUUCUGCUCUAAUAUCCAGCCAGUCUGAUGAAGUUUUAAGACCCUCUGAGGAGACGGGACCCAUCAGUACUCCCUUACAACCACCAGGGGACACUAAGUUGCCAGAAAGCAGAGGGAGUGCAGGCACUGGCAGCAACACUCUUUUUUAUUUCACAACAGAAGAACCACCAAUUUCAACUUCCCCCUCUCCUCUUCUCACUUAUAUGAAAACAGAUGGUGUAAAUGUACAAGUACAUCAUGAAGACUUAUCCGAAAACGGAAAAGUUGGCCCAAGCACUGUUAAUGUUAUGGCCCCUGACACAAAGACAGACAGUUCAAAAGUUAUUUUUCAAUAUCCACCUACCAUAGAAUCAUCUCUCACCACAGAUAUGCAUAGUAAAUCAUCGCCAUCCUUUAACCAAGCCAAGACUGAUCAAGGUUUGGAACAAGCCAUAAGUGAAGACAGAACCACUGAUGAGGAUGUUUCUACUCAUACCAGAGGUUUUCCUGAGGUUCAGAUAGCACCCUCUACUUCCAAGACCUUUUCAUCCACAGAAGCUGUACACCACAGUGCCACAAGUUCCAUCAUGCCUCAUUUUUCAUCCACAUCUAUGGUGCUGAGUGGCAUUGUUGUUCAGUCCACGCAGUCACUAUCAAACGGUGAGCGCAGCUCUCUCUUCCCCUCCUCUUCUGUUGCCUCCUCCUCUAUGUGUGACACCUUGGACCCAAGCGCCACUCUCUCCAUUCGCUUGCAUGACCCUUCCUCCCUGUGGCCUGUGUUGUCUGCCAGCGCUCCAGACUCCCAGCAUGCUGCUACUGGAUUUCUGUCUAGUGAAGACCUGACUUCCACCUCAAUCCCUUUCCUCCUUGCUUCCACCCUGCCUCACCUCUCUCACCCCUCACACUCCCUCCCUGGUCCAACAACUGACUCUGUGUUCUCUAACCUCACUUUUUGGGAUAGUGAUAAUGAUGUUUUGUUGUCUGGGUCUUCAGGUGAUCUCUCUGUACUUAGUAAUACCCCUCCACUUGAAUCAGUGCUGGACCUAACACACGCCAGUAUCACAGCCGAAUUUUCCCAAUCUUCCUUGAAUUUUUCAUCCUCAACAUUAUCUCUUUCUUCCAGCCCUACCCUGCAGCCUUCAGUCCUUUUUUCUAGUGAUUUCACUUUUUCUCUGGGAUUGUCCAAAUCUGCAGCAACUGGAUUUGAGGAUUCAAGAUAUGCCACAGGAAGCACCACAGAGUCUUUAGUUCCUGAGAUCAUUGGUGAUGGGUUACUCCUAGCAAGUGAUGUGGACAUUGUGUGUGGCUGUUCUCUGGAGACAUCAGCAUCAUCAUCAUGGUUGCAUACCUCUCCUCAUGUAUCACUGUCAACAUCAGCUACAAGUUUAGAAUUAUACUCCAGCAUGGUUUUACUUUCAGCUUCUGGCGGUGAUGUAGAAAACCUUCCACUAUCUCUGAAAAGUUUGGGCUCUGCUGCUCUGUCUUUUGACCACUCUCUGCUAUCCCAUAGUGCUAUCUCAAUGUCCUCUCCACAAUUUCUCCAAGCCACCCAUAGUGACCUGCAUCUUUCUGUUACAGCCACAUUGUCUGUUGGUGCGGAUCCCAGUUUGUCAGCAUCAGAGAGAAGCACCACCUUACAGACUUCUUCCCUCCCUUUCCCACCCACCACUUCCCCACUUACUCCCACUACAGAGGAGCAGGUGUUAGACUUUAGCAGCAGCUCCUCUGGCUCAGCCUUCUUCCCUGACACACAGGAAGGAUCAGACCAGGAGUGGGAUAAAGGUCAAACCUCAGCUUCUGGAGUAAGCCCACUUCCUCAUUCAACCAAAGUCAUGAGCACUGUCCCUCCAUUCAUUUCGCUGGAAUCUGGUCAUAGCCCAGAUGAUGCAGAAGAACACUCUUCAGCUUUCUAUUUUGAAAGUGGCAGCGGCAGUGCCAUCAAUCCAGAAGUAGGAGGCAAAGUGGCACCGACUGAUUCAGAGGUGACCUCGGGUUCACCCUGGUCUCUGGGAGGGACAGAGGUUAGCGGCUCAGGGCAAGGCGAAGGCCUUAUUGACAACGAGACAUCUUCUGACUUCACUAUUUCAGAACACACAGAGACAGAUUCAGAGGAAGAAGAGCCAAUCUCAGAUGCCAGUAACAGCAGCCAUGAGUCCAGGGUUGGCUCCACGAUUGAGAAUGAGAGGAAAGCUGUGGUUCCUCUGGUCAUCAUUUCCACCCUCACUCUCCUUGGCCUGGUUGUUCUCAUUGGUAUCUUCAUCUACUGGAGAAUGUGCUUCCAGACGGCUCACUUUUACAUCCACAACAUGUCAUCACCCCCAGUCAUCACACAGUCUGCUGUUGCAUCAACAUCUGAUGAGGACACAGCUUUUCUAGUGAAGGACUUUGUCAAACACGUUGCUGAACUUCACAGCACUCAGGGCUUCACGGCAGAGUUUCAGACACUGAAAGAGAGUUAUGAGGAUGUACAGGCUUGCACAGUGGACAUGUGGAUGACCUCAGACAGCUCCAACCAUCCUGACAAUAAGACCAAGAACAGAUACAACAACAUCUUGGCCUAUGACCACAGCCGGGUUCAGCUUUCCCCACAAGCCAGCAAAGAUGGAAAAACCACCGAUUAUAUCAAUGCCAACUAUGUGGAUGGGUAUAAGAGGCCGCGGUCAUACAUUGCUGCUCAGGGGCCUCUGAGGUCCAGUAUUGAAGACUUCUGGAAGAUGAUCUGGGAGCAGAAUGUUCACAUCAUUGUCAUGAUCACCAACCUGGUAGAAAACGGACGGAGAAAAUGUGAUCAGUACUGGCCAGCAGAAGAGCAGGAGGAAUAUGGGCCGUACCUUGUGACUGUAAAGAGAACCAAAGUUCUGGCUUACUACACACACAGGACAUUUCGUGUGAGGGAUACCAUCACUAAAAAGAGCUCAAAGAAGGGGUGGAGCAACGAGCGAACAGUGGAACAGUUCCAGUUCACCCAGUGGCCUGAUAUGGGCGUCCCAGAGUUCUCUCUGCCGCUUCUCAGUUUCAUUCGCAAGUCAUCCAGAGCCAACACAGACAACAUGGGCCCAGUGGUGGUGCACUGCAGUGCUGGGGUUGGUCGGACGGGCACGUACAUUGUCCUGGACAGCAUGCUGAAACGGAUAUCACACGAAGGAACCGUUGACAUUCCUGGCUUCUUAAAGCACAUCCGGACACAAAGAAACUUCCUGGUUCAGACUGAGGAACAGUAUAUUUUUAUCCAUGAUGCUUUGGUGGAGGCCAUCUUAUGUGGGGACACUGAAGUACUGGCAGCCCACCUUCACAAUUAUGUGGAUGAGCUGCUGACUCCAGGACCAUCUGGGAGGACUCGCCUGGACAAACAGUUUAAGCUAAUGUGUCACAAUGAAGUGAAGCAGAGUGAUUUCUUCAGCGCUCUGCAGGACAACAACUCCAGCAAGAACAGGGACUGCUCUGUGAUACCUGCUGAGAGGUCACGAGUGCGUCUGUCUAUAACAGCUGGAGAGACGACCGACUACAUCAAUGCCUCAUUCAUCACUGGCUACAGACUAAACAGAGAGUUCAUCAUUACCCAGAAUCCCUUGCCUGGCACCAUAAAGGACUUUUGGAGAAUGAUAUGGGAUCACAAUAUCCAGGUCAUCAUCUCACUGCCUGGGACUACAGAGGAGGCGGAGCUCUGUGCCCUGUGUCCUGGCAAUGAGCAAUCCAUCAGCUUCAACAUGUUCACUGUGACCCAAAGGAGUGAGGCCCACAUCUGUCUGUCCAAUGAGGACAUGCUGGUGGUCCGGGAAUACGCCCUGUCUGCUGUAAAGGAUGACUUUGUUCUUGAGGUGAAGCAUUUCCUUGCCCCCUGCUGGCCGAACCCUGACAGCCCCAUCAGCAACACCUUUGAGCUCAUCAGCCUGGUGAAUGAAGAGAGGGCGAGCAGAGACUAUCCCACCGUGGUGCAUGAUGAUGUGGGCGGAGUCACGGCAGGAACAUUCUGUGCUCUGUCAUCCCUAAAGCAGCAGCUGGAGACUGAAGGUACGGCUGAUGUGUUCCAAGCAGCCAGGCUGACAAACCUUUUGAGACCAGGGGUCUUCAGUGAUGUCGAGCACUACCAGUUCCUGUACAAAGCCAUGCUGAGCAUCAUCGGGACACAGGAAGCAGAGAAAACCCUUCUAUUCUCUGACAAUGGAACCACCACUGACAGCCUUGAAUCUCUUGUGUAAAACGUCCUGAUAGGAUAAGUUGUUCUUUAUGUUCUUCAAGCACCAAUAGAAUCUCUUUUGACAGACUUUAUUCAGGCAAAUUCUUAACAGCUUUGCUGAAUUUUCUGCUUUUAUAUUGUGUGCCUUUUAUAUUCCUUUUGUUGUAGUUCAAACUUUGUUACAUUUUAUAUAUUAACUGUCCAAGGUUUUAAUGUACCAUCCUGAAAAUCUGUACUAAACUCUUUUAAACAAUGUAUUUAUUGGCACUGAGCCUAAAAAGGGAAGCUGCACCUUUUCACAUCAAAUGUUUUCCAUGGCUCUGCCACUGGAACCUAUUCUGUGAAUACCACUGCAACAGUAGCUACAGUGUGCUAAACAAGAUAAGGAUGUGGAAUAAUAAACCGAUCGAAUGUAAAUAAUAUGGUAAUCACUUUGAUGGACCAAAUUUCUAUUUAUACUUCUAGAUUCUAUAUUUUUAGUGCAAAUAUCUGCUUUGAUUCUGUUUAGCUAAAGAUGAUUAAUGAUUUUAUACUCAGUUUUGUAACAAACUAAACGUGUUGCAUGUGAUUACUGCGUAUGUAGAUCUUUAGUUGGAUGUGAAACACUGCUGGAGUCUUAUAUUGGGGACUAAAGGGAUAAAGUGAAAGAAAUGCAAACAAAAAACCUGUUGGUUCUUUAAAGUGUUCCUAUGUAAACUUGCAAGCUGCAAUUACUGAAAGAAAAUAGUUUCCAUUAAAACUAUUUGUGUGUGUAUAUGUAUAUAAAUGUAUACAUCUAUAACACACAAACAGAAGGUA